UGAAGCAAACCGGAUACAUGAAUAAAUACUCUAGCGUAUAAUUAAUUAAAUUGUCUUGUUGAUGACAACCUCUGCAUAAAGGGCAAGUCUAACAAACUAGGCAACAAUCGCCAUUGAUUCUUGUUCUCUCAUUCAAGAGUCAGUAUUUAAACUUAGCUGUAAGGUAUGUUAACUUAAUAUAAGUCUAUAUUUCUCAUCACACCGGAAGAGAUGUCAAGAGCUCGACAAAAUUGUAUUCACGAAGCUUUGCAGCUAGAACCUUCGGCAUAUGCUAAAGAAGUUGGAUACAACUGGCCUACUCCUGAUCGAAGGUUAGCUGCGACAACGAAGUCAGGUCGAAAUCCGCUGGCUGCAAGAGGUCAGGAAGCUGGAGCAUUGGAGAAACUUACGGGGGAAUCUGCGAGCAAACUGUCUGGUGUAUUCCCAGGCCCGUUAGUUCUACCUGACGAUGAACUAGCGAACAAUCCCAAAUAUCCACCUCAGUCGUUCCGAUCGUGGCUUAACGAACCGCUACGCAAGAACCGCAAACUUAACCAAAAGCGCAAGACGUUGUAUGUUGCAAACACGCCUGAAAUCACAUCCGACGUGAAUUAUAUGAAGAAAUGGCUGGAACCAAAGGUUGAAAAGAGUCCAAAAUCGGCUAGUGGGAAGUUAGAGCUGCCGUCAGAUGAUGCUGUCGAGUAUACGAGAGCGUUUUACCAUGGGUUGUCUGUUGAAGCAUUUCCCACCCAGUUGCAGUUCGUCCCGUGGACAGAGCCAAAGAAGUCGGCAGAGCCAAGCAACGGGACUCAGUACGUUGGCCUUCUCGCAGGUAAUAACUGCACUCGCAUUCGCGCGAGGCCAUCUCCGGAUGGAAUUUUUGGAGGACAGUUAAAUCUCGAGGAUCUUCUUGACGCCGCUAUCGAGAUGGUGCCUAAAGAAGCAUAUUCUAUCAUUCUACUCGUCGAUCACGACAUGUACGAGGACGAGGAGGACGACUUCUGCUGUGGUAGGGCAUAUGGAGGCAACCGCGUGUCGGUAGUUUCUACUGCUCGAUAUCAUCCCUCUCUAGAUGGCCAUGCUGGAAUCGAUUUCGCGCACAUGUGGCCUGCCUCUCAUUGCAAGUCCUAUGUUGACGAUUUCGGCAAGGUAAAGGGCCUCCGACUACACCCCAGGGUGAAUAGUGAGGGGGGAACUAUGUCUGGACCGUUAUGGGUGGCCAUGGAGGCAGCAAGAAGUCUUAAAGAACCCUUAACUCUAGAGGACCGAAAGGGUCUGUGGUUCUCUAGAAUUGCAAGGACGGUGGUGCAUGAGCUCGGCCACUGCCUUGGUUUGGACCAUUGCAUUUAUUAUGCCUGUGUUAUGCAGGGCUCGUCGCGGAUAGCGGAAGAUGUCCGACAACCCCCCUAUCUAUGUCCCGUAUGCUUAAGCAAAGUUUCCUACGCAGUUGCUUGUGAACUAGAAGGGCGGGAUGAGGAUGAUAAGGAAGAAUACAUUAAGGAGCGAUAUAAGUUACUGGCGAACUUUUGCGAGUCGUGGGAACAUGUUGGCAUGUUUGCUGGGUACGGAGCCUGGUUGCGUGCAAGGCUUGAAGACCUUGAACAACAAAAAUAGCGAGAGGAUUUAGUUAUACCCCAUUCACCCAUAUAAAUAGGAGCUAAUUGUUAUAUUUUCUUGGACCGAGUCACAUAGCAUAAUCGCCCGUAUUCGAACGCCAUUAAUAUCGUACCAUUAUUUAAUACGGGUAGGAUUUUGA